GUUUCUCAUUCAGAUGUCAAGUGUUCGUUCGGUUGGGCUACUGUUAUCAUUGCUCUCUCGCUCUCUCGGAACUAUGUAAGGGAUUCCAGGGAUUCUAGGGUAUAAAGGGAUUUUCUUUGCUACUGACCUGGAAUAGCGUGUUUGAAGGUGUCUACCAGAGCAGGUCACUACUGAUGAUAUUAAUGGAAUUAACCAAUUAAAGAGACAUGAUGGUAGGGAUCUAUUACUCAAGAGCCUGUUUCAUUCCUGCUGUUAUUUGUCUUCUCUGGCUGUGUGCUGUUAAGAGUGAAGAAGGUAUAGGCCUACAACAUGAUGUGUCUAACGAAGAGAAGGUCGACCUGAGAAGCGCAUCGAGAUCGUUGACUGACUGGCGACAUCGAGUACGACGGGCAUCGUUGACCAGUGUCUGGUCAUCAUGGAGUGGCUGGUCAGCGUGUUCGAGGACGUGUGGGGGAGGGGCACAGUUUCGGACUAGACAUUGUAUGAGUAGGCUUCCGAUGAGGUACAUGACGAGAGCCAUUACCUGCCCGGGGGACAGGAGACAGUAUCAAACAUGUAACACUGAGGAAUGUCCCGAUCAUCAUCUGGACUACCGAUCUGCUCAAUGUGCUGUCUUCAACCAGCGUGAUGUCCAGGGGAAUAUAAUCAGAGAAUGGCUUCCAGUAUACAACUCUCAAGAGGAAUGUGAGUUAGUAUGCCAUACAUCUGAUGGAGCUUACAUGUAUACAUUCGGCAGAGUACUGGAUGGAACGCGUUGUCGAUUUGAGGAUCGGGACAUGUGUAUCAGUGGAAAAUGUGUUAAAGUUGGAUGUGACGGUGUGCUACACUCCAAUCUGACUAAGGAUUCUUGUGGUGUAUGUGGAGGACUCAACGAUACAUGUGGAUACGUGAGAAACGUAUACACUGAUGAAUAUCCAGUCAAAGGCUACUACAGAUAUAGCAAGAUUGGUUCGAUACCAGCUGGAGCUACUAACAUCAGGAUCAACGAUAAGAGUGGACUCAAUUACAUAGCUUUAAAGGACGAGUCGAAUAAUUUUAUAUUGAAUGGCGAUUGGACUAUCAGCUGGCCUGGAAGCUACGAAGCGGCUGGUACAUCUAUAUUAUAUGAUAGAAAGAACGAUGGAUUGGAAAAUGUGAUUGCGGAUGGUCCUCUAAACAGUUCACUAAACCUCAUGAUCAUAUUUCGAGAGCGUAACCCCGGCGUGGAGUACGAAUAUUGGCUUCCACCGAAGACUAAUGACAAUGAAAUACACAGCAUCAACUAUAACAAUGAGAUACAGAUGCUUCCAUUCAUACCAGAGCUAUCUGCAACACCAGAAAAGAAGAAAUUUGGAACAAUGGAGUCGACGAAUAAAAAGCAAGUGCCUCAACCAGAAGAAACUCCGCCAUCUUCACCAGCACGUGAUGAGAAAAGACCAGCAUUAAAGAGUUCUGAUAAACAGACUAAAGGAAAGAACAAGAACAACAAAUCAAGAAAAGAAAAGUGCGGUAAAUGCAAACGGGUGAAAGGCCGCGCAGAGCACUAUUGCGGAGGGUCAUAUGCAAUCUUAUUCGAGGUGGUCGGCCAGACAGCGAUCAACGGUGAAACGCGGUACGACGUCGCCAUCGAGGAGAGCUUCAAGAACAACAUGCAACUGAACCGUCGCGAGUAUCUAUGGGUCACCAACUCAUGUCCCUGCCCUAAGCUUCGAACAGGCAGUCGAUACAUCUCAACAGGUGAUCGAGUCACAAGCCUCGAGUCAGGCGAGAGUAGACUUACGUUAGAGCGGGAAAACUUGGUCGUAAAGUACAAACCAGGAUUAAGAGAAUCUUGGAAUCGUCUACAGAGGAAAGAAGAGUCAAUUUGCUCUAAAUUCCUCUGAAAAUGGAAAGAAACUGUAUAACAUGCUGCUAGGAUAUGAUGCAAAUUGAUUUGUUUACUUCUUGUUGAUGUGCUCAAUAUCAUCAUAAUACUUGAGAAACCACCCUGAUUUGAUGUGCCUCUUCCAUGGUGAAAAUGGUUAUUUUAUUUUAUCUUCUGGAUUAGAUCUGUAUUUCUAGAAUUGCUUUUCAUUAUUUAUCGAUCAAUCGUUGUACAGAACAAAAAAUAAACAUAUGGUAAAUAUGUAAUUACUGCAACAAGCCAUCUAUCAAUAGUACUCUGAAAUAUGCAGGAAAUGCAAAGUUUCAUAACUCCAAAGGUUUUCUGCUAUAUUGGAAAUUAAUGCAAAAAUCAUAGAGGGCUAUUUCUCAUUCUGAAAAGUGUUCACUGAUUUUCAUUUGAUUGUACAUAUACAAAUGAAGAAUGGUUCUAUUUGCUGAAGAUAGUAAUUUCUCUUAUUGUUCUUCGAACAUUACAUAUUUUGUCGAGCUAAGAUUUCAGUUUCCAUAAAAAACAAGUUCAUCUUGCUUCUGGUGAGCUAUCAUUCUUUCCUCAAAAGGGCAAUUAUUAUUAUUAUUAUUAUUAUUAUUAUAUCAUCACAUAAAAUAUCUACUGAUAUAUCAGAGGGAACUAUGAGUCAAUUAUCGUAUCAUGAGAUUUUCAUUUUUGGAUGAAAUAAAUGAAAAAGCAAAACAUGCAUGGGACAUAAUGUAGGGCAUUGCCCAAAAUCUCAUUUCUGAAAUAAUCAAAUUGUUCAUAUGACAAUCAUUACAAAACCACAAAUAAAGGCUCGGAAAGGAAAGAUGAGUUUUUUUCAAAUUUAAUAUCAAUAAAUUGUUUGUAGAAAUCAUCAUCUUCUGUAGAUAAAUAAAGUAUGACUCAAUAGAAAAUUUCCCACAUUGAUCAAGCAAUUUAUUGUUUCCCCACUCAAAUCAGUGAUUAUAAUAGAGUACCUUUAUAUACAAUUCAUCUUCAAAAGCAUUCAAAAUCAUUUCAAAUAUUGGAUUUGUAACUUCUUGUUUGAUACGUAAAUUCAUCCAAACCGACAAGAAUCAAAAGGAAAAA